GGAGAGACGGCUGAACGGUAUAUGGGGAGAGAGCCCGAGAGAGAAAGGGGAGGAACAGAGAUGAUUCUCCUCGCUAAUCCUCUUGACACGCGCACGAGCUGCCUGGCCGAGCAAGGCUACGCGCGUGUGGGAGCGAAUCAACGAGAGACGAGCGAGAGCGAGAGGAGCAGGUGUAAAGGUACAAACGGAGAGUGAAAGCAAAUAGUGAACAGCGUAGAGGGAGGGGGAGGAGGCCAAAAGGCAAGGGAAGGAAAGGUUUUCUUUCAUCUACAAACCCCACUAAGCGAAAGAAAAAAGCCGCAAGGGAGGAGGGAGCGUGAGGGGAGUAGUGGCGCGCGUUUUCUCCCCCACGAGCACCGACGGCUUCAGUUCAGCGGUGCCGCGCGAAGCGAACGAUAGUGAGCGAGGAGCGCCUUAUUCCCGCGCUACCUGAACGGAAAACAGCGAGAAGAGCGGCAGAGCGCGAGCGAGAACACCGGGGUGAAAGGAGACAUCGAGAGAGAAGGCGGGAAGAAGUGCGGUCUACCUUGCAAGAAAAAGAAGAUUAAGAGACGGGGCCGAUAAAGGAUGGAGGAUUGGCGGGAACUGCUGAGACACGGGGAGCCCUGGUGACUUAGGAUAUUUUGAGCGGGCGCACAACACAUCGGAAAAGCUAAACAAAGCAAAAACAAAACAAGAUGCUGUCACUGGGAUAGGGCGCCUAGUUGAGAGUGAGCGCGUGAGUACGAAUGAGUGAUGGGGAUGUGCAUAUGCGCCGAGCGCUUGCUACUCGCCAGACAGUUUGACAGUAGUGCAGUGAUGCGAGAACGGCAGGAAUAGAAACGCGCUUCAGAGGCAAGGCUGCAAAGGGGUAGUCUGACAGUGUAGGAGCGUUAUGUUCAAAUGUUCCAGUGAGCGCGUAUGACCAAAAAAAAGAAAAAAAAGUAGGCUACAGACCAGCUGUUAAAGAGUAAAUCAGGGUCAGGCGCCCCCCAGAGACGGUGGAUUGCUUAGGCAGACCGACCACCACAACAACAUCACAUAGUGGUGGAGAGAGACCGAAGUAACCGACGGAACAGGGAACAGGUAUACACCCAGAGAAGGGCCUGUCAGGUUAACAAACACACACAUACACACGCACGCACGCACACACACACACACACACACACACACACACACACACACACACACACACACACACACACACACACACACACAGGAAUACGUAAACAAGAAUGUGUGCCUCUUCUACAGAAAACCUCGAAAGCCAAGUGGUUUGAGUGCAGUCGGGGAUGAAUGUGUGCGUGCUUGCAUGCAUGUGGCUGUAGUAAAACAAAAAAAACACAACGAUGCGCCUCUGAAGAUCUUCAGGAUACCUCUAUCAUUACCGCUCCGCCCCCUGGCCCUCGCUCCACCCCGUCACACAAGGCACCUCGCAGAGGGGCCUGGCAUCGCUAGCUACCGUGCCGCAAGCAGUGGGGAGUGGGGCUGAUUAGUCGAGUGUGGUGAAUGCUUCUUGGACCGUCAGCCAUGGGAGAAUGGACCAUCCUGGAGCGCCUCCUGGAGGCCGCUGUGCAGCAGCACUCUACCAUGAUUGGGAGGAUCCUGCUGACAGUGGUGGUGAUCUUCCGCAUCCUGAUCGUUGCCAUCGUGGGCGAGACGGUGUACGAGGACGAGCAGACCAUGUUCAUCUGCAACACCCUCCAGCCGGGAUGCAACCAGGCCUGCUACGACAAGGCCUUCCCCAUCUCCCACAUCCGCUACUGGGUGUUCCAGAUCAUCCUAGUGUGCACGCCCAGCCUCUGCUUCAUCACCUACUCUGUGCACCAGUCGGCCAAGCAGCGGGACCGCCGCUACUCCUUCCUGUACCCCAUCCUGGAGCGGGACUACGGCGGCCUGGGGGGCGGCCUGGGGGGCGGCCUGGGGGGCGGCCUGGGGGGCGGCCUGGGGGGCGGCGGAGGGGGCGGAGGCGGGGGCGGCGUGGGACGCAAGCUGCGCAACAUCAACGGCAUCCUGGUGCAGCACGGCGACAGCGUGGGCGGCAAGGAGGAGGCGGACUGCCUGGAGGUGAAGGAGAUCCCCAAUGCGCCGCGCGGCCUCACGCACAGCAAGAACUCCAAGGUGCGGCGGCAGGAGGGCAUCUCACGCUUCUACAUCAUCCAGGUGGUGUUCCGCAACGCUCUGGAGAUCGGCUUCCUGGCGGGCCAGUACUUCCUGUACGGCUUCAGCGUGCCGGGCAUCUUCGAGUGUGACCGCUACCCGUGUCUGAAGGAGGUGGAGUGCUACGUGUCACGGCCCACCGAGAAGACGGUGUUCCUGGUGUUCAUGUUUGCCGUGAGCGGCCUGUGCGUGGUGCUCAACCUGGCCGAGCUCAACCACCUGGGCUGGAGGAAGAUCAAGGCGGCCAUCCGGGGCGUGCAGGCCCGCAGGAAGUCCAUCUGCGAGAUCCGGAAGAAGGACAUGGCGCACCUGUCCCAGCCACCCAACCUGGGCCGCACGCAGUCCAGCGAGUCCGCCUACGUCUGAGCGACCACCACCUUUCAGCGAGGACAGCGCUCGACCCCGA